AUGAUUUUAAAUUGGUGUGAUGGACAGUCUCCUUCGGGCUCCAUUUCUGGAUCAGCCAGAUCCUGGGCGCUAGUCUGUGCACUGCCUCAAGCAGACGCUGAUCGGCAUGAGCGUGUGAUCGCUUUUGUGUCGCGCCAACUUAAGAAUGCAGAAAAGAACUACCCAGUCCAUGACAAAGAGCUGCUUUCUAUGAAGUAUGCUAUUGUCAAAUCAGAGUUCAUCUGCUUGGAUCAUAGCGUUUGUGAUCUGUACAGACCACGCAUCAUUACGUACUGCAACACAGUCGCCAUGCCUCUUGCAGAGGAUAAUCCGUUGGCUUUCAUUCAGCGCUGA